CAGUGUUUAAGCUUUAUGUUCUUGUCAGCAGAUAUAUGCAGAGUCUGUCGGUCUGAAGGAACUCCUGAGAAACCCCUCUAUCAUCCAUGUGUGUGUACUGGCAGUAUUAAAUUUAUUCAUCAGGAAUGCUUAGUUCAGUGGCUUAAACACAGCAGAAAAGAAUACUGUGAAUUAUGUAAGCACAGAUUUGCUUUCACACCAAUUUAUUCCCCAGAUAUGCCUUCACGGCUUCCAAUCCAAGACAUCUUUGCUGGACUGGUUACGAGUAUUGGCACAGCAAUACGAUACUGGUUUCAUUAUACACUUGUGGCCUUUGCAUGGUUGGGAGUAGUACCUCUUACUGCAUGUCGUAUCUACAAGUGCUUGUUUACUGGCUCUGUGAGCUCACUACUGACACUGCCAUUAGAUAUUCUGUCAACGGAGAACUUACUGGCUGACUGUUUGCAGGGCUGUUUUGUGGUAACAUGCACUCUGUGUGCAUUUAUCAGCCUUGUUUGGUUACGUGAACAGAUUGUCCACGGAGGAGCACCACAGUGGUUGGAACAAAAUCAGCAACAGCCACUCAAUGGCGUUGGUCAACAAAAUGAGGCUCAGGCUGUUGUAAAUGGAGGUGUUGAAAAUGCCGUGCUUGAUCAACCUGUUAACCCAGCUGCUGAGAAUGUAGUUGUAGGUGAGAACCCUGAAAUUCAAGAAGAACAAGUAGAUGAAGAGGAGGAGGAUAAUGAAGAUGAAGAAGAUGCUGUAGUAGAAGAUGCAGCAGAUGCAAACAAUGGAGCACAAGAUGACAUGAACUGGAAUGCUUUGGAAUGGGAUCGAGCAGCAGAAGAGCUUACUUGGGAGCGAAUGCUCGGACUGGAUGGAUCUCUGGUUUUUUUAGAACAUGUCUUUUGGGUGGUAUCUUUAAAUACGUUGUUCAUACUUGUGUUUGCAUUUUGUCCAUACCACAUUGGUCACUUCUCCAUUGUUGGCCUGGGCUUUGAGGAAUAUGUUCAAGCAUCUCAUUUUGAAGGCCUGAUUACGACUAUAGUCGGAUAUGUUCUGCUAGCAGUGACUCUAAUUGUUUGUCAUGGUUUGGCAGCACUUGUUAAAUUUCAGCGAUCACGUCGUUUAUUAGGCGUUUGCUAUAUUGUUGUCAAGGUUUCCUUGUUAGUGGUGGUUGAAAUUGGUGUGUUUCCUCUCAUCUGUGGCUGGUGGCUGGAUAUAUGCUCUUUGGAGAUGUUUGAUGCCACUUUGAAAGAUAGAGAAUUGAGCUUUCAGUCUGCCCCAGGUACCACAAUGUUUCUGCACUGGUUAGUUGGAAUGGUUUACGUCUUUUAUUUUGCGUCCUUCAUUCUUUUACUGAGAGAGGUAUUGAGACCUGGUGUCUUAUGGUUUCUCAGGAAUUUGAAUGAUCCGGAUUUUAAUCCUGUGCAGGAAAUGAUUCAUUUGCCCAUUUAUAGACAUCUCAGGAGGUUUAUCUUAUCAGUGAUUGUCUUCGGAUCAAUUGUACUGCUCAUGCUUUGGCUUCCUAUACGCAUUAUUAAGUAUCUCCUGCCUAACUUUCUUCCAUAUAAUGUUAUGCUCUACAGUGAUGCUCCAGUAAGUGAACUUUCCCUAGAGCUCCUUUUGCUUCAGGUGGUGCUUCCAGCUUUGCUAGAACAAGGGCAUACAAGACAGUGGUUGAAAGGUCUUGUACGAGCAUGGACUGUUACUGCUGGAUACUUGCUGGAUCUCCAUUCUUACCUGCUUGGUGACCAGGAAGAGAAUGAAAACAAUGCAAACCAGCAGCCUAACAACCAGCAUGCUCGCAAUAAUAAUGCCAUUCCAGUUGUGGGAGAAGGUCUUCAUGCAGCCCAUCAAGCCAUACUUCAACAAGGAGGACCUGUGGGUUUCCAGCCUUAUCGUAGGCCUUUAAAAUUCCCGCUCAGGAUAUUUCUUUUGAUUGUUUUCAUGUGCAUAACAUUACUGAUUGCUAGUCUUAUCUGCCUUACCUUACCAGUGUUUGUGUUUUCAGUGUUUGCUGGCCGAUGGUUAAUGUCAUUUUGGACGGGGACUGCCAAAAUCCAUGAACUGUACACAGCUGCUUGUGGUCUUUAUGUCUGUUGGCUAACUAUCCGAGCAGUGACAGUGCUGGUCGCCUGGAUGCCACAGGGUCGUAGAGUGAUUUUUCAGAAGGUCAAAGAAUGGUCUCUCAUGAUAAUGAAGACCCUAAUAGUGGCUAUGCUUCUAGCUGGUGUGGUUCCGCUUUUGCUCGGUCUUCUGUUUGAACUGGUCAUCGUUGCGCCUUUGAGAGUUCCUUUGGAUCAGACACCUCUCUUCUAUCCUUGGCAGGACUGGGCUCUUGGAGUUCUGCAUGCCAAAAUAAUUGCUGCCAUAACACUGAUGGGUCCCCAGUGGUGGCUGAAAACUGUUAUUGAACAGGUAUAUGCAAAUGGGAUUCGUAACAUUGAUUUACACUUCAUAAUCCGUAAACUGGCAGCACCCGUAAUCUCUGUUCUGUUACUUUCCCUGUGUGUGCCGUACAUCAUAGCUUCUGGUGUUGUACCUCUGUUAGGAGUUACCGCUGAAAUGCAAAACCUAGUUCAGCGACGGAUUUAUCCUUUUCUGCUUAUGGUGGUGGUUUUGAUGGGAAUUCUCUCCUUCCAAGUCCGCCAGUUCAAGCGCCUUUACGAACAUAUUAAAAAUGACAAGUACCUUGUUGGGCAACGACUUGUGAAUUAUGAACGGAAGUCUGGUAAACAAGGCACAUCAACAACUCCACCUCAGUCUUCACAAGAAUAGAUGGUCAUAUUAAACAUCUUGACCUUC